CUUCAUAUAAACCCGGUUCAAUUACACACUAUAUAAACCACGUCGAGCCGUUCAACAACCCAAAUUGCAUUUCACGCUCAUAAACUUUCUUAAUCAAUCGACAUAACAGAAGAGAAACAGUUUAAUCAAUGUCAAAAUCAAGUGAAAAUGGAGAGCGUCCGGCGAAUUUAUCUCACACAUUCAAGUACUUGCUCGCUACUCAAAUUUUAUCAAGGGGAAUACCAUUCAUAUUCAACUCUUGGAUCGUUCGACGCCUCACUGAAGAAGAUUAUGCGUUGUAUGCUGUACAAUUUCACUUGUUUAUUACUUGUGUGCUUUUUCUUAGUCGAGAGGGCUUCAGGCGAGCAUGCAUGAGGGCUGACAUUUAUUGUGGCGGAUCAUCAAGGAGAGAAAAUGUAGCAAAACUGUUGAAAGUAGCAUGGAUGACCCUCCCUUUGGGAAUAAUUGUCACAUUUGCGGGAUGUCUUUUUGUUAUGUGGUGGCAAGAACUAAGUUACUCUAGUCAAUACGCACAGGCUAUAUGGAUAAAUGGUUUUGCAUGUAUACUGGAGCUACUAGCCGAACCCUUUUACAUUUUAUCCCAGAAUUUGCUUCUCCUUAAGUUGCGUCUGAUUGUUGAAAGUGCAGCUACCCUUUCACGAUGCAUAGCUACCUACAUCCUCAUUGUAAAGCUACCUGGCAUGGAGAAAGCAAUUGUAUUUGCCUUCUCACAAGCCGCAUUUGGAGCAUGUGUGUUCUUUGGCUACUGGGGCUACUUUCUUCUUUUUCACAUGUAUAGCAGUUCUGAGCUCUUCCCUUUUGGUCAACACCCUAUUAGUGUAGGAAAUGGAGGCAUUGAUGAGCAACUUUCGAAAAUGUGUAUGUUGUUUACCUUUCAAUCUUUCCGCAAGUUGCUUCUUCAAGAAGGAGAAAAGAUGGUUCUUGUGUGGUUGGACACACCAUAUAACCAAGCAGUAUAUGGGCUUGUGGACAAACUAGGCAGCUUAGUGGUUAGGCUGGUAUUUCUCCCAUUUGAAGAAAGUUCAUAUGCUACAUUUGCAAGGUCUGCAUCAGGUGAAGACACGCAGAAGCAAAAGAAAUUGGGAAAAAGUUUGACUGAGGCUUUGAAACUUGUUUUACUAAUAGGUUUGGUUGUCAUGGCCUUUGGCCCUAGCUAUUCCUACUCUUUCGUCAGAUUGCUGUAUGGUCGCAAGUGGAGUGAUGGAGAAGCUUCAACAGCUCUACGAUACUAUUUCCUCUAUGUAAUCCUGUUGGCUAUGAAUGGAACAUCUGAAGCAUUUCUGCAUGCAGUCGCAAAUGAGAUUCAACUCAAGCGCUCGAAUGAUUCCUUGCUUGUGUUUUCACUGAUUUACGUGGUGUUGAAUGUUUCUCUUAUACGUUCAGCUGGUGCAAUUGGGUUGAUUUUAGCAAAUUCUUUGAAUAUGGCUUUAAGGAUCAGUUACUCAGCAAUAUUCAUCAGGAACUAUUUCCAGGGUUCGUCCUCAUUUUCCUUUCGUAGCUGCCUUCCCUCUGGUUGGACAUUUCUGCUUCUUUCUGGAGUAGUCACUCUAAUUUCAGAAAAGUUAUUUUUGGAUCGGGACGACUUCUGGAAGACAUUUAGUGUUCACUUCAUAGUGGGCAUCACCAGUUUCAUGCUAGCAGCCUUUAUCAUCUAUCGUCGCGAGAGGAGCUUUAUCAACAAUAUCAUACGUUUCCGUGAGCAUGCUGACUGAAGAAGAAAAUGCCACUGCACAUGACGUCUCUCAAUGCAGGUCAAGCAAGAACCUUAGUCAUCAGUUAUUUUAUGGAGAGAAGAUGGCAUUUGGCUCUUUGAUGCAUAUUGGCAAUUCUUUGUUACAUAUAAAGUGAAAGUCAUAGUUUACUAGGUAUGACAGAACGAUGGUUUGAUGUUUUCAUGAACUGGUUCCUGUUCCUUCUAUUUUGGCCGUAAUAUUUGCUUAAUGCAAGCAGGUGUAUUCACUUGUCGGGUUUCCACAUCAAAUCCAAGUGGUUUUGGCAUCUCAGAAUUGUAAUUGUUGAAAUCAAUUAUCUGAAUUUUCCAAUCGUAAAAGAAUGCGUACUUUCAGAUAAUGUUCAAUGAAGGGUGAGAAAUUAACUUAUUAAGAGACCACAUCUUUUUACCUAUUAAAAGACAACAAAAUUAUUAGCUGUUUAUAGAGAUCACUGAUUAAUUUGUUUGGUA